AAACCAAGUUAUUCGAUGCGCUUCGAUGGCUUAAUUGCUUUGCCGAAACAACUUGGGACGUCAGUUCGAAAGUGGCAGUCUUUAUCACAACAUACGACUCAGCAUACAACGGGCUUGGGCAGAGCUCAAACACAUAACCUGAUGACCUCAAGUGCAGAUUGUGAUGUCGUGGCAGAAAUCACCGGAAAUUUUGGCAAAUGGCAACUACGUACUAUAAUUUUUAUAUUCCUAUGUAAGAUACCGGCAACAUGGUUUACGGCUUGCAUCAGUUUCACCGCUCCAGUGCCAUUAACAAAGGAAUAUUUUUGCAUACCCCCCGUGACUAACGGUGCGAACAGCUCUAUGCCAAGAAGUCUAUAUGGUGCUAAAGAAGCUCUGGAGAAGACAGAUAGAGAAUUUUAUAUAGAUCAAUGCUAUUAUACUCCGCCAGAAGAUCAACAUGGUCUUAACAACUCUGAUAACAAUUCAAAACAGUUGUCUUAUGAAAAACGCAUACCCUGCGAUGAAUUCGAACAUAGAGCGGAAUAUUCCUCGUUGGUAAUGCAAUUCGAUUUGGUGUGUUCUCGUGAAAUGUUGGUCGCCCUUACCCAGGCCUUUCAUGCCUUGGGUGGCCUGGUUGGAGGUCUUAUAGCCUUAAAUAUAAUGGACUUUGUAAGUCCCAAGCGCCUUAUGCUUAUUGGCAUGUUUGGUCAGAUAGUUUGCGGAAAUUUAACUGGUCUGGUGCCCACAUUUAUUCUACAUGUUUUCUAUCGUUGUGUGACAUCAGUUUUUUGUGCCUUUAUGGUUGUGUCAGGAAAAGUAAUUGUAUCCGAUAUAACUUUUGGCCGUCAAAGAAUGAUAACCAACACUCUUUCCGAUCUCUUUGCCUCGAUUGGUCUCAUACUCUUACCUGGAGUGACUUUAUACUGUGAUAGCUGGAAUUCCUUAUAUAUUGCCAUAUCAUCAUCACUUUUGCUAUUUAUAAUACCUCAUAGAUGGAUAACCGAUAGUCCUCGCUGGUUAUUGAAGCAGGGCCAUAUAAAUGAAACUCUUCAAAUUUUGGUACAAUCAGCCAGAAUAAAUAACAAAGAAAUUCCUUUAGAUGUUGCAACACGUUUGGAACAACAAUCUUGGGAUCUGCAGCAAGGUAAAAAACAUCUCUAUUGGACCAUAUGGGAUGGCAAGACGCCUAGACGUUUUAUAGCCCUGCUACAUUGGUUGUGGGCCGUUUCGGUUGUCAUCUACACAGUGAUGAUUUUGAUGAUUCGCCUAUUGGGUGUGAAACAUAUGCAUGUUAAUACAUUUUGCUUGGGAUUAGCGGAAAUGUUGGGCAUAGCCAUGGGUCUUUACAUAAUUCUCUAUACAAGGCGCCAUUGGUUAUGCUCUGGAUGGUUAAUGAUAAUUGCAGGUGUUACCACAUAUUUUAUAUGGUUAUCACCAAAUAAUGUCAAAGAAUCUCGCAAAGCCGGCUAUGAGCUGUUGUUUUGGCUCAUCUUGAAGAUGUUAAAUUCCGCUGUGUUGGUUGUAUUAACCGCCUGCUCAGGCCAAAUGGUUGCGCCAGAGAAAAGACCUAUGCUAAUGCUGUCCACAGGAUGUUUCAGCGGUUUUUGGUUGACUGUGGUUCCUUUCACUUUGGUAAUAGGAAAAAUUCACUAUUUAUUACCCAUGACAAUGUUUGCCACGGCUGCGGUGAGCAGUGGCAUUAUUAUGUGUUAUUUUAAUACCUAUUUCCAAAAGAAUGUUAAUGCGAAGCCGUCAAGAACAAUGCUGAUACCACCACAAAGUUUGGUAAAUCACAAACCUACAUCAUUAAUAGAAGAAUGUAAUUAGAAAAUAUAAUUUUAUAUAGCAAAUUUA